AGUGAGUCCUUGUGAGGCGGUGGUGGUGGUGGUGCUGAUUGUGAUGUUCAGCUGAGGAUCGUAGUGUCUUGAUGUUUUUUUGAAUUUGAAACUGAAUGGAUAGAUGAAUUACGCAGCUUACUCCGGAAAGGGACGAAAAAUGCCUGGGGGGGAGGUGCAGAAGACUUUCAAGAUAUUCUGUGGCAAUCUAGCUGGAGCUGCAACUAAAGAUGACCUUUACUAUCUCUUCUCACGUUAUGGGCCUGUUGUUGAGGCUGUUGUCAUGGUGGGCAAAUUUUAUGGCUUUGUGCACAUGGCAUAUGAAGAGGAUGGCUGGAAGGCAAUAUGUGAACUUCGGGGUUACAAUCUCCAUGGCAAGACAAUGGCAGUUGAAGCUUCAAUCAAUUCAAAAAAAGCAACUCCUCUUUAUAAGCAGAAUAUCAUAGGGAAAGGAAUCACCACACUAGAUGACUUUAAUGAUUAUAGUUCGUCCAAAUCAAAGUCAGCUGAAGGAAGAGAGAGACGUCCGCCACCAGAAUCCUUUACAUCAUUCAACAAACCAGGAGAAUCAUCCAUCAGGCCUACCAAUCCUCCACCUCCCCCAAACUAUUAUUACCAUCCAGCCUUCCCAGCAUCAGCUAGCAGCAGCCAGCCCUCCCCCAUUGGCCACACACCGCCCCCAAUGUCUCGAACCUCCCCCAGGCCAGAGUUAGCAUCCUUGAAAACAAUGGAGUCUCUCCAAGGAAGAGAGUCUCCCUUGUUAAAAAUGCAAGCUGUUGAUGCCAAUUCAAAUCCAAUACAGGAGCACAAUUCUGAGAGGCUAGAAGGAGUUUCAGCAUGUUGCAAUUUAUGUGGUUCAGUAUUUGAUGAGUGGCAGCACAAACCCAAAAUUCUCAGCUGUGGCCAUACGUUUUGUUGUAGCUGCUUACUAUGUUUAGCUCAAGAUGUAGAGGUGAAAUGUCCCUCUGGGUGCCCCUAUACUACAGCACUCACCGAGGCUGGCAUAUCCGGUUUAACUACAAAUUACACAGUGCCAAUCAAAAAGCGUGUAAAUACCAGCAUCUCCCCGUCCUUGCCUGGCAUAUCUACAGGCUUUGUACUCCAGAAUGGUGCACAGAGGCCAAGCACUAGUCCAUCACCAGUGGUAUGCUGCAGCUGCCUAAAGAUUCCUGCUGCAGAGUCCUGUAGUAGUAACGGACAUCAUCUUAUACCUGAGGACCAGGCCAGAGACAUCUUCUUAAGGGACCUCCAGACCUCCCUUGAGGUAACCCUUAAGAAAUUGCGACAAACAAUGACUUUGAGAGCGACCAUGAAAGAGCGACUGGAGCGUACCGUCCUAAGUGUAGAGAAGUUUUUGGAGGAGCUGAGGCGGAAGGUUGAAGGUGAGCAGUUGGAAGAAGCUGUAUUGCAGGAGCACCUGGCGGAUCUCACCAUGGCCAAGGAGGCACUGACAGAAGGCUCCUCUAUUUCUCAGUUGGUAGAAUCUUUUAAUCAGGUCCAAAAUUAUAUUACUAUAAUCACUUCACAGUUCAAUCACUGUGCUGCAAUAACAGCAAUCAACAAUGCAACAGAAGCUAUCAUUGUCAAGUUGAAGCAGUCUGCACUAGAACCAGUGCUAUCUUCCAUAGGUUUUAGUAAUGAAGAAGCAUUUUCUAUGAAUUCAUCUCUUGAAGAACAUGCCUUAUUUGGUAACAAUGCCAAUGUCCUCCUUUUGUAUAUGUUAUCAGAUUUAUUGUCAACGAGAAUGUCACAACUGAAAGGUGUAAGUCCACGUAGUCCUAGCCAACAGCCACCCCUCUCAGCACCAAGCCCUCUCCAAUCACACUUGCCUCCCAUUCCUGUGUCAACAAAUGCUGUUGAUGAUGGAAGCAUUGGGCACAGUUUGGGUCUUCCUUCAAAUAAAAUGAACGAACUAAAAAGUCAUGAAGUAGAAAAAAUGAACGAGCUGAAAAGUCAUGAAAUGAAUAAUAUAAAUGAACAUAUUCUACAGAUGACAGAGGCAAUAGAAACCGGAUCCCUAUUAGGAAGAGGUGAUGGCAUGGGAGCUAUGUCUGCAGGGGCAAAUGUUACUGGGCCUAACUCUGUUCCAUCAGCAGCAUUGUCUUUAGGAUUAUCUAAUCUAUCACUUAUUGCUGCUGAGGCAUCUGAAAAUGGAAAAGAUGAAUUAGAAAGCCUUGGAGAUAGAAGAGAACCCAUUCCUGUAUCUUAUCUUGAUGCUGCAAAAAAGCCAGCAAAGCCUUCCCAAAGUCCUGAUGGUCUUCCCAAAAUGCACUUAGAGAAGCUUUGCACCACUCCAUUAAGACCUAACAAAUUUCCACAUUGUUGGAUGGAGCUCUCCUUUGAUGGAGAGCCAGCUGGUCGCAUAGUUUUUGAGCUUCGUCCUGAUAAAGCACCUAAAAUGUGUGAGAAUUUCAUUGCGUUAUGUACAGGGAGAAGUGGUUAUGGCUACAAGGGGACACACUUCUUUAAGAGUGGAGAAGGCUUUCUUGCUGGAGGUGAUGUAGAGAAUGAUGAUGGAACUGGGGGAUAUUCAGCCUUUGAGAAACGCACCUUUGAAGCUGAUCUCUGUCCUCUAAAAGAUGAGGUUGGCAUGGUGCGAUUUAAAGGUAUUGGCACCAGUGAUAAGGGAAGGGGAAUGGUUGGAUCGCAGUUCAUGAUAUGGUGUGGUGACAGAGAUUUUAAAAAAUUUUCCUAUAGCCUCGUGUUUGGCAAGGUUGUAGAUGGGUUAGACGUAGCCAAAAAGGCAGCAGCAGUCAAUGUUCACAGGGUGUCUGUUGAAGUUGAAAAAUGUGGUGCAAUCUAAAUACAAUUUUACAUUACAUAUACACAUAGUUGCGUAACCAAUAUGUCCAGUAAUUUUAUAUUAACGUUUUGAUUAUAAACUGUAAAGGCAAGACUAUUAUGUGAAUUCUGAUUGCAGCAUUUACUUUCCUCUAGAAGUGCCUUAUAGCGUGCCUUUUUUUUUCCGUCUUGUGGCAUCACAGGUUUCAAUUAUUAUUAUUAUUAUUAUUAUUAUUAUUAUUAUUAUUAUUAUUAUUAUUAUUAUUAUUAUAAUGUAUAUUUUCUUAUUUGGCAAGCUUGACGCCUAUUUUUCAUAAAUCUGGAGACAUUUUAAUUUGCUAUGGACAAUACAGCAUAGGUAAUGUUGACAGAACAGUGUACGUACUAGUAAGUAAGAGUGCAAACCGAAUGUUGAAAGAUUUUAAAAGUACACAUCUCUAAUUUCUUACAUCCAGUAGGAGAGCUACAUUUAGCUACAUUUGUUUAACUCAACUAAGUUAAUACAUUUAUUAGUGAUUGGAAAUACAGUAAACCCUUGUCUUACUCGGUUGCAUUUAUUAUUUUUGUUUCUUGAAUUUACUAUUCUUAAGGGAGAAAAGUUGCAUAGUUAUUCAUGAACAGGUUGAUAAGCCUUUAUUUGGAAUGCUUGGGGCUGGAAGUGUUUCGUAUUUUCUAAAUUUUGGAAUACAUUGGCAUUCCAAUUCUGGUUUAGGUAAAUAUUUAUCUCUCACCAUGCUAUGCUGUGAGACAUAUUACUCUCCCUUGUACCUUUUAGGCAGGUGUGCUGGGAGACACAGAUGUGAAUGGAGAUAAUGGUCAACAAAAUUUUAGUUGAUUCAUUAUUGAUUUUGGUGCUUAAUUUCUUGAUUCCAAAAUUUACAGUGGCUUUGAGUGUUGGUCUAACUAUUCUUCUUUAAUAUGUAAUACAUGUGCAUCUUUGGGGGAGGGCUGGGUAGGACAGUAGAGGCAUUGCUAAAAGAUAACCAAAGUUAUUGAAAUUCCAGUUUUUCCCUUUGUAUUUUCUCUCUUACUUACAGUGACCAUGGGUGUGUCCCUGUCUGCCCCUUACAUUACUUACUCAACAUCUAAUAAACAUCAUAUUAUGCAUAUGUUGGUGUGUCAGGUUCCCCAGCAUCUUGAUUUAUGAAUUUACAUUGACAACAAUGUCCUACAAUUAGACUCCUUGGCGCAAGGAUAAUGUUGAUAUCUGACACUUGAUUAUUGAUCUCCAUCACCCAUUUGUUGAUAUUAUCUUAGUGAUAAUGAAAAAACUGUGCAGUUGGAAAUGGAUGUAUGUUUUUGUAGUCCUGGAUCAAAAUUCAUGUUAAAUAAUUGUGAGAGUCUUUUGGUUUCUGAGUUUCACUAUCAAUUACUAUUCCAAUUUCUAGAUUAUAUAUAUAUAUAUAUAUAUGACAAAAAAUUGUCCUAAAUAACUUUCCAAUAACAAAAAAAAAUAUGCCCUUUCUAACUUAACUGCAAAAUGUGGCAUUGUGCUCCAGCAAUCACAAGGGAUUCAUUAACAGAUUUUUCAUAGCAGUAAAUAGCCUUCAGGACUAUGAACAGAUGCUUGUGAGCUCAUGAUAAACUCAGUCCCAAAACAGCAUUACAUUGUAUUGUUUCACUUUUCAUCCCUGUCACUUAAUUUUGGCACUCUUUCACAGAGAGUGGCCCAGCACUGCCUCUGCACAAACAGCUUCGGUUAUUUCAUGCUUAAUGUGCUGUAACACAUUUACUUCUAGAUCCAGAUUAAAUUAAAAAGUACGAGUAGAAGACAGAAAAUUCUAUGAAGUGGGAUAUAACAGCAAUGCCUUUCUUUCCAAAUCCUACCCCUUAAACUGUUGUAAUAUAUUUAAUUGACACUAUCUGGAUGCAUAGUGAGACCAACACUAUAAAAAUUACGUUUUCAGCACUAGUCAUUGUAAUUACAUCAGAUUUAGUAAUGAAAGCAAAAUAACAACCCGUGAGUUACUGCAAAUCAGGAAUAAAUUAGUUAUGGCAUAUGUCAACGUGAAGCUUUCAGAUUUCAGAAAGUUCCAGAUAAAGGAUUCUCAACCUGUAAUGCAUUAUUGGGAUCAACCUGGCUUGCAAAGACAUCUGUUGCACAGUACUGCUUUUCACCUAUUGUUUUGAAAAUAUGAAUUCUGAAAUUAUAACCAAGUUCUUUUUAAGGCUUUCAUCAUGAAAAUAGAUAGUUAUUCUAGACUGAUUCUCACAUUAGUUUAAACUAAAUGAAUAUCACUAUUUCCAACAGUAGUGUAUUUUAUAUUUAUUUAUAUUUUGUAUAAUUAUUUUGAAGCAGAAUCCAGAAGCACACUGCUUCAGCUAUUAUUGUUGAGAAAUGUGAACUAAUCUUUACAUUAUCUAUACUUAAUAUUGAAUACAAUAGAAUGCAUAAAUGCAUUUGUAAAUCCUUAAAAGCAGCAUUGGCCUAAAAUGAUUCUUGGAUGUGGCAUUUGCAGCCAUUCUCAUUAUAUUCUUAAGAGGCCUGCAAUUUUUUACAGGUCCUGCAAAACCAUAAUAUUUUCAUCAUCAUACUUAUGUUCAUGUUCCAUCAGACUUUGCAAGUCAAGGGUUCACUGUAAUUGCUCAGAAAAACCAAACCAAACAUAGUAUAUUGAUCAAUUAAGCUUCUAAUUAACGUGCAUAUAUACGUAUAUCCAUGAAUAAUUGUGUGUAAUUCCUAUAUUUGGUCAAGGAAAAUAUUGCAUUCUAGAUUACUAAGUUCUGUGUAUGAAUUUACUUGCCAUUCUCAUGUAUAAUUGUAAUGUAUGUAUAGUUAAGCCAAGGUCAUUACUUGGCACACAAGUAGGUUAUGAUACAGAAGUUGGAAUAAGAACACCAGCUUUACCCAUAAUGUUAUUGUUAUUGAAAUGAAGCUUUAGAUUCUUAAAACAAAAAUUGUGAAAUAAUUUAUUUAAUAUAUUGACCAAAUUUGUUAGACUAUUAUUAUAGAAAAUACUUGUGAGGGAAAAUAUGUCCAGCCUUUUCUAUUGUUGUAAGAGGAAUGCCUGACAUUUCAGGCUAACCUGUGUUGAGUUCAGGGUAUUCAUUUUGUAGGUAUGCUUCUCAUUGCCUGCAAGUGGCAUAGUUGCUGUUCUUACAAGUAUGGUUAUACAGUGGUAAUUAUUUGCUCAAUGCCUUUGUAAAUUCCUAGGUUUACCUUUAUCAUUUACCAAAGUCAGUGUAUUUGUUAAAAUUAAUUUCAGCAAUAAGGGGCCAAUGUUUGGGUUAAACACAAGUAUUGUGGUAAGUAUUUACAUUUUUCAAGAAUGGACGUGUGUGUAGAAUUGGGGGCCAAUUUGAGUGAGUGGUUGCAGUGUUACAUAUCUACAAGAUUAGUGAGCAGUGGACAGCACUGAGUGAUUCUUUUUCACAUACUAUACCAGGGACUUAGUUGUGGAAAGUAUUAUUUUCAUCAUCAUAUAAUUACAGUAUUUAACAACCAAAAGGUAUUUAGUGUGCCCAGAUGAAAUCGAAUUAUGUCAUGAAUAGUUGGUGUAUAGUUACAAUAAUCUUUCUUAAUUACAGCACCUUUGAUACUACCGAAACUGCUUGUAUUUUUUUAUUAGUACUAUAGUGAAGGGUAUAUAUACAAAUAUAUAUAUAUACAAACAGCCGCUGAAAAAUAACUGUAAUAAAACUUUUUUUUACAAGACAAUAAAUGCAAUACAUGGAAACUCC